GUGGUCGGCAGAGAGAGGGCUGUAAGUGAGCGUGACAUAGGAAGCAUGGAGUACGUACAGUGUGUGGUGAAGGAGACACUGAGGUUAUAUCCGGCGUUACCCUUGCUUCUUCCGCACGAAUCCACACAAGAUUGUGCAGUUGGGGGAUACUUCAUUCCUGAGAGAAGCAGGCUCAUCGUCAAUGCUUGGGCUAUUGGAAGAGACCCAUCCUUGUGGGAAGAUCCUCUGGAAUUCAAGCCAGAGAGAUUUAUGGGUAAAAAAGUUGAUGUUGUGAGAGACAAGGAUUAUUUUGAUAUGUUGCCAUUUGGAGCAGGAAGGAGAGGAUGUCCAGGCACAGCCAUGGCUGAUGUAACCAUGAACCUUGCUUUGGCUCAGCUCGUUCAUUGCUUUGAGUGGAGCGUGGAUGGGGAUUUGGAUAUGACGGAACUCUUUGGAGUCACAACGCCCAGGAGUGUUCACCUUCUCGCUCGUCCUGCCUUAAGGCUAUCUACCUGCCCUUGAAUUUUAGUAGAGUGCUUUUCAAUAUUAGUGAUACUAGUUAUAUAAGCUGUUCAUGCCCUCCAGUGAGAAGAUUCCAUCUUCAUA